UCCGCCGGAGCUGCGAUGGGGAUUUGAACGCACCUCCGCGCAGAAGACAGCGCAGCACGGCCCGGCUCAGAGCGCAGCGGGCGGGUCCGCCUCACUUUAUCCCCCCGGUUUGGAUGUACCCUGAUCGGAUUCGGCCUGCGGACUGAGCGGUUUGUUUGGGAGGUCGGUUGUUGCUUUGGAGCUGGAGGCCGGGAGCAGGACAGCGUCUGCCCGGGCUCGUGCAGCUGGUGGCGGAGUGUCGCCGUCGGUCGGUUCCCGUGGAGAGCGGAGCCUGCAGGGACCUGCCGCCGCUCGCUGUGUGUUUGUGCGUUUCUCUCCGCGGCUGGACUCGCUUACACACGUUACAAACGGGAUUAACUGAUUAACGCUCCGGUACCGGGGAGUUGGAUGUGUGUUUUGCCCCGCAGGAGUCAUCUGGAGUCCGGGCAGAGAGACGGGGCCGAUGGCGCAACGGUAUGAAGACCUGGCCCACUACGGGCUGGAGGGCUUGGGUGGGGUGUAUGGAGACCCACACCACCAUCACCACCACCACGCCGCCCGCUCUCUGCAGGCCGUGCACCUGGCUGCUGCGGCCGCCGCUGCUGGUCCUUACCCUCCACACCAGUACGCCCAGUCCACCCACACCAGUAGCAGCAUGGGCGCCACAGCUGGGGACGCCAUCAAGAGGGACAAAGACGCCAUUUAUGGACAUCCUUUAUUCCCUCUGCUCGCACUGAUUUUUGAAAAAUGUGAAUUGGCGACCAACACGCCGAGAGAGAGCGGCGUGGCCGGAGGAGACGUCUGCUCCUCUGACUCCUUCAAUGAGGACAUCGCUGUCUUUUCCAAACAGAUCCGAGCAGAGAGGCCUUUAUUUUCAUCAAACCCAGAGCUGGAUAAUUUGAUGGUCCAGUCGAUACAAGUGCUGCGCUUCCACCUCCUGGAGCUGGAGAAGGUUCAUGAGCUUUGUGAUAACUUCUGCCAUCGAUACAUCAGCUGUCUGAAAGGAAAGAUGCCGAUCGAUCUUGUAAUGGACGACAAAGACGGAAACAAAUCGGACAGUGAGGACUUCAUCCGGUCAUCAGGGAACAACAUCGAUCAGAAUUCAUGGAGCAGAGAUCACGACGACGCAGCAUCGAUCCGGUCGGCCGGGACGCCGGGGCCGUCCAGCGGUGGACACACGUCUCACAGCGGCGACAACAGCAGCGAACAAGGUGACUGCCUGGAUAACGGCAUGGCGUCUCCCAGCACGGGGGACGACGACGACCCCGACAGAGACAAACUGCACAACAAAAAAAGAGGCAUCUUCCCUAAAGUGGCUACGAACAUCCUUAGGGCCUGGCUUUUUCAGCACCUGACGCACCCGUACCCGUCAGAGGAGCAGAAGAAGCAGCUGGCCCAGGACACGGGCCUCUCCAUCCUGCAGGUCAACAACUGGUUCAUCAACGCGAGGCGGCGGAUCGUUCAGCCCAUGAUCGACCAGUCCAACAGAGCAGUGAGCCAUGCAGGACCAUACGGCCCAGAUGGUCAGCCAAUGGGAGGCUUCGUUAUGGACGGACAGACACACAUGGGAAUCAGACCACCUGGUCCGAUGGGCGGCGUGGGGAUGGGGAUGGGCGUGGACGGACAGUGGCACUACAUGUAGCACCACCUCCACCACCCUGCAGCCAGAGGACACGCCCAGUGUCCCGGGAAACCACCGACUCCAUCAACAGGUCUGCAGACGUCCUCGGCAGGCGUGGAGCAGGACCCCCCCCCCCCCCCUCUGGGUAUCUACCUGGCUUGAUAAGGAACAAACCCCUGACGGCGGCGCCUCCUUGUCCACUGGAGACGCUUUGUGUCUUAAAAUCAAACGCAGAAACAAAGACUUUGGGGACAGAUGAUGAUAAACAGCUGUCACUCAUGACACUUGGCGGGACUUUUUCUGAAUCGGGACACAAACGUCACGUCUUUGGAUUUAUUUCCUGUGAUGUCAGCGGCAUCGUCCAACCGAUUUCACCUCUGUGGACUACAACUACAGAAGCCUCAAGUGGACAUGUUGACAGCAGCAGAGCUUCCUUCUCCUCCUCUCUCCUGCAGUUGAACUCAUAUCGACAUGAAGCUGAUGUCUGUAUUUUCCGAGGCGUUCCUUCAAAACGUGUCAACAAACCGUUUUUUUCAAGAGUCUGAAGCUCUGAAAAAUGGACGGCAGAGGUCACGUGACCGAGCGCUGUUUACCGAGGACUCUCCGAGGACGAGAGACAAGUCGUUACAAGUGCUCUGCUGCUGCCUUUUUGCAUAAUGUACUGUUUUAAAGGAAAGGACUUAUACUGUUUCACUUUUCACACUGUGUGUGUUUGUCUUUUUUCAUAGACUUCUAUCUUCCCUCGAGCCCCACAAACCUUUGAGUUCUAAAAUAAAUAAAAAGUGAAGCAAAGUU